CAAUAACAAAGAUCCACGAGCAGAGAAUUGCAGAAAACCCACUGAAGAAUGCGAUCGGACAGGUCAAUAAGGAUCAAGUCCAGAAUUCUGAACUUAACGGAUCAAUUUAUGACAAAGAAACGGAAAAGGAUGAAAAGAAGAAGAAAAGAGAAAUGAUAAAAGAAGAGAAAAUACGAGAGAAAAAAGCCAAAGAAGAGGAAAAGAUUGUACAAAGACAAUACAAAGCAAUCGACAAGAGUAUAAAAAAUUACACAAAGGAUGUCAAAUUAAAAUGGAAGAAGGAAGAAAAGAGGAGAAAAGAGAUGAAAAAGAUGGAGAAAAAAGCACAAAGGAUGUUGGAAAAAGAAAUGAAGAACAUCGAAAAAGAAAAUGUAAAGGACGAAAAGAAGAAACAACAAUCUAUUGAUGUUGUUCAGGAAACAGUAAAAACAAAGGAAGAGACAAAGAAAAAAGAAGACGAAAAGGAGAUAAAGGAUCAAACUAUCGAUUUCGAUGGGGAAACACAAAAUGAUUUAAAGAAAAGCAAAACAAAGAAAGGAACAGAAAUGAUCAAAGAAAAGAAAAUCAGCUGCGAUGUCAUUGAAAAGAAUGAAAUAAAAGAAAAUGACAACAAAGACACUAACGCCAUUGAAAUGAGUACCAACAAUGCCGGAAAGAAAAACACAUUUGCUGCCAGAAUUGGUGGAUUUUUUCGAUACUUAUCGUGUAUCAAGGGACAGAAAACAAGCUAA